CCUGUUGCCAGCAGCGCAGAGCAGUUGAGAGGGAAGAUAGCGCAGCUUUCGACAUGGAGGAGAGAAGAAAGAAGAAGAAGAAGAAGCAGCAGAUGCCACUAUCCUCUUCUCGCAGGGAAAACACGCCGGGAAACCCCAACAUUCAUUCUAAGAAGCCCAUUGGAUGCUUCUCUGGCAUACUCCAGCUCCUGUCUCGCCACCACUCCCGCCGCCGCAUCUCCGCAGCGAAGAAAGAGAAAAUCGAAAUUCCUCCGGCAACAUCUAAUCCAACACUACCACAGCCGGAUUUCACAAAGAUAAAGACCGCACCGACGCCGGAGAAAGUAGAUUUGAAAUUUUCCGGAGAAGGAAAUGUUUUAUCGCUGCGGAGUCCGACGCUUUCGCCGGAAAUCCGGCGAUCGGGUGAAUGCUUUGAUUGCGGGGAAAACCAACGGCGGCCUCCGGCGAUCGUUGCUCGGCUAAUGGGGUUGGAGGAGUCUUCACCGCAGCAGCAGAAGCAGUCAAAGAUAUCGACUGCGUUCGUCGAUGGGUUCACGUCUGAUUCAGCUGAGGAGAAAAGGAGGAGGCUGCUCGGGGCUCUGGAACGGUGCAAUGAGGAUCUCCGGGCGUUGAAGAGGAUCAUCGAUGCUGUUCGAUCGGCGGAGAUGAUCGGCGUGAAAGGUGGAAGAGAUUCGCCGAUGCAAGGGAUGAAAUGCCUGGAAGGAAAUAGCGAACAGCCCAGCCCUGUUUCUGUGCUUGACGGCCUUGCGUCCCCUAAAAAUGAUGACUUAGAGAAGAAGGUAUGGAGCUCGACUGUGAUGAACCUCCAUCUCCCCCGUCGGAUUACGAUCGAAGGGAUCCCUCGCCUGCUAUCGGAUCAUAAGAGAAUGCUUAUGGAUCAAGCAAGGCCAAUCGAUUCUUCUCCGGCGGCAACAAAAUCGUUCGCCAGCCGCCGGUGGCGGCGAAGAUGGAGGAGCAAUGCCAUGGUGAAAUGCGUGGGGGAAGUUGCAGAAGAUGUAGUCUGUGAAGAGAGAAAAGAGCUUGUGAGAGUUGGAAUGGAUUUGGCUGAAGAUGUAAUCGGAGAGCUGGUUGGUCAACUUGUUGUGGAGUUGGUGGAGAGCUGUUCUAUGCUCUGCCUUCGAACGGUAAGGUGUAAGAGGAAAUUGUGUUUUUAGUUGUGUUAGAUGUGUUGAGCUAAAAUUUUGCUUUUUGAACUAUUGGUUGAACAAGAAUUUAACAUGUUUUGGAGUGAGUAGCUGUAGGUGUGUGAUGUGGUUAUGGGAAAUGAAGUCUCUUUAGAUU